AACGCUUCCGUUUUUCAAUUUUUCUUCCUUCUGAAUUCAAUUGUAUUCGUUUUCUUUUCAAUGAAUGCAUUUUUCGUAUUGAUCCAUUCAUGCUUUAUCAUUUCUGAAUUUUCCAAUACUUUCAAAUAUUGAGUAUUAUCGAUUGAUUGAAGCAAUUGUUUCAACAUUAGGAGGAAAUGGACUUCUUUUUAAAGGGAAUGAAUGGAAAUGGAUCUGAUUGCCCCUUUGAUGUGAGAGACAUCCAAAGGUGCCCGUUUUUGAGAAAUAUCAACGAACUUACACACUUCUCUUUCUCUUCGACGAAAGUCUCCAUUCCCGCGCGUGGAUCCACGGGUCCUAUCUUUGAAGAUGGUCCUAGUUUUAGUAUGGCUUUUAAGCUGUUUCAUGGGAAAGACGGCGUCGUUCCUCUCUCUGAGAGACCUGACUUUCUUAAUGGCUGCAAGGAAGCGGAUUCUGUGCCUGUUUUUAACCCUUUGGCUGGAAAAGCUGCUACCAUUAGUCUAUCGCCGUUUGGAUUAGGCGGCCCGUCUAAUUUUGGGGAUUUUUCUGAGAAAUGGAAGAAGCAGAAGAAUUCUGAAUCGCCAAACGAAACGGAACAUUCAUCUCAGAAAGGAGAUAUAUCAAUGCACGAAGUGCUUGGAGAUGAAUGGUUUGCGAAGGGAAACUGUCCAAUUGCUAAGUCUUAUAGAGCCGUAAGCCGUGUUGUGCCUCUUGUUGCAACAGCUUUGAAGCCACCGACUGCCAUGAAGUUUAAAUGCCCAGCAGCGGUUGUUGCUGCAAGGGCCGCCCUAGCCCGUACAUCCUUUGUUAAAAACUUGCGCCCUCAGCCUCUUCCUGCAAAAGUGCUUGCUAUUGCAGCGUUAGGAAUGGCUCUUAAUGUGCCCUUGGGUAUGUGGAAGGAGCAUACCCUAAAAUUCUCACUGUCUUGGUUUGCAGCUGUGCAUGCUGCUGUUCCCUUUAUAGCCAUGCUUCGGAAGUCGGUACUGAUGCCUAAAGCAGCAAUGGCAUUGACCAUCGCAGCUUCUAUCCUCGGGCAGGUUAUUGGCUCAAGAGCUGAGCGUAUCCGAAUGAAAGCAAUAGCUGAGAUGGGAAAGCCGACUACGGUAACCACAAGCAGCAUCACAAUAGAUAACCCCAGGCAGCUUGGUGAGUUUAGGACCAGUCGUUGCGGUGCAGAAGGAGUGAUUCUCAACUCAAUUCCUGUAAAGGAUGCUGGUACGAACUCGACUGCAAUUCAAGCAUGAUUUUGAAUAAUAUUGAUGAUCUGAAGUGAUAAGAAAAUGGAUUAUCAAAAAUAAAAAAGUUAUGUAUGGUUUAUGUAUAGUAUACAAAGAAAUAAAGACAUACAGGUACUUUGCAUGCAGAA